GGAUUUUGAAUUGGUAGCCAACGCAAAGAUGGAAAGAUUUAUGCUGGAGGAAAAAAAAAACUGCGAAUCAUUAAUUAUAAAGCCUAUUUAAAAUCUAUCUCCAGCAAAAUGAACAUUAGGCUGUGGCAUUCCUCAAUGAAGAAAAAACUUAAGGAGUGUGGCCUGGCAUUGGGAGGGUAGUUAUCACGCAUGAUAGGGGACCAUUCAUGUCGACACCGGUAUUAUUUUUAGAACGAGGCUUAAAUCGGUCAACAGACAACCGGUCUAACCAGCCUAGCGGCGACUCAGUGGGUUAUGUAACAGUGUGAUCUCUCCUCAGACAUUACUACAGCGUACAGUGCUGCUGUUUCAUAAUGUUUCAUCAUUAAUUGCGCUUUGUGAUGCUGUUGUUACCUCAACCUGGCAGCCGCUUGCCGCCGCCUCCUUCCUGCUGUUCAAUGAGGCAGCGUCUCCAUGCGAGCCGUUUAAAGGGAGAGGGAAAAAGGCUCGGCUGCACAGCGUUCAGCUCGCUGCGCCGCCCUGCUCUCAUAGCUGGCAUUUCUCAGAUAAGAACCAGCCAGCAACACUGAUUUACAAGGCUCUUCUCCUCCCUCUGUGUGUGUGUAUAUAUGUGUGUGUGUGUGUUGUCGUUGAUUUAAAAGACUCAAAGUGUAAUAAACUAUAAUGAAAUACUCCUCCUGUGAAAAAACACCAACCUGCAAAUCACAUCACAGCAUUCAACGCUUGUUCCCCAUCUGUCAGCAGCCGUACAGCUGAUGUGUGUGUGUGUGUGUGUAUCUGCAGGUUUCACUUUGCACAUGUUGAACGUAAAUCUCUUUUCUCUUCAUCCUCCUGUUUUUUUUUUCUUUUUCAGGGUGUGUAUUAUAUUUCUUCUCUAGUGUUCCUUCAGCUCAUCGGGCGGAGUGUAUAUGUUUACUUCACUCCCAUUUCUUAACACACUUCAUGCUUCUCUCGCUGUUUUUUCCUAGCAGCAGUCAUCUGAUACAGGCAUCAAUAUUAAAGGGGAGGGAGGAUUCCAAGAAUGCGGGAGUUAAGUCCUUAUUUUAUUGGAUUUUCAACCACCAGGGCUUUCCUGAAUACCAGCAGUUCCAGCGCAUCCUUAAAGAGUAACUUAACACUGAGCUGAAAAGUGUUUAUCUCACUUUUUUUGGCUUCUGAUUGACAGUUUGACCACACCCAGCAGUGAUGUCAGGAUGUACUGACCGCACCUUGAGUGCACGUCUACAUCACGGCAGCGAGAUGAGAACAGAAUCUCCGGAGAGGAGAGUGAGGUGGUUCAUUUCAUCGGACUUCUACAGGCCUGAACACUGAACAGCGGAGCGAAGCGGUUCAUGUCAUCCAGAGAUCAACAGGCCUGAACACUGAACAGAUUGCAUGUCUUGAAGAGAGAGUGAAGAGGAAGAAAAGAGAAAGAGGGAAUAAAAGAAACAGACAUGAUGGAGCGGCGGUGGGCGUGGCACUUCCUGGUCGCCUUGGCAACGGUUUACCUCAGCCCUUCCCACAGUGAAAGCACAGAGUUCCUCUCUGACAGUCUGAUCAAUAACGUGGUGGCGGAUCCUCAUACGGGCCGGCUGUACGUCGGCGCCGUCAACGCCCUCUACCAGUUGAACCCUGACCUGGAUGUGGAGUCUCGCACCGAGACGGGCCCCAAACGGGACAACCGGCUUUGCACCCCGCCUGUCACUGACGCCUGCGAGGAGGCCACGGACACCGACAAUCACAACAAGCUGCUCCUGGUCUACAAGGAGAAAGACAUGCUGGUGGUUUGCGGCAGCAUCUUCAGAGGCAUCUGCUCACUGAGGAACCUGAGCAACGUGGACCAGCUGCUGUACUUCAGCGACACCAAAGGAGAGAAGUCGUACGUGGCGAGCGCCGAGGAGAGCGUCUCAGUGGUGGGAGUGAUGUCAUACUACAUGAAGGAGAAAACCAACUUCACCGUGUUCCUGGUUGGUAAAGGUUACGGCAGCCAUGACAGCACCAAGCUGAUCUCCACCCGCAUCCUCCAGGAUUAUCGCGAGUGGGUCUAUUUCGACAGCAUCAUCGAGGCCUCGGCUGUUCAGGCCAACCCUUUCGUCCUGCGAUACCUCCACGACUUCCGCUUCGCCUUCAAAGACAGCAACUUCGUCUACUUCCUGUUCUCGCGGACGCUCGGCUUCCAGGACAACAAGAACUUCACCUUCAUCUCCAGGAUGUGCGAGAACGACCAGGGCUAUUACUCCUACGCCGAGCUGCAGCUCAACUGUAGCGCUACGAACAAGUAUAACAAAGCUCAGGCUGCCUAUGUAGGAACACCGGGGGAGGUUUUGGCCCAGAGUAUGACCAAAUCAGGCCAGUAUGGACCAGUUUCCACCUCGGACAAAGUGCUGUUUGUCACCUUCACUUCUGAUGAAGAUCCAUCCCAUUCAGCCAUGUGCAUGUACCCUCUGCGCUCUAUAAACAAGAGGCUGUUGGAGAUAAUAGGAGCGUGCUACAACAACAGCGGCAUCAUUAAUGGGAAGGCUGCUGUCUACUUGCCUUACUCCUCCAAGACUGACGACCUGUGCAUCAGCAGUCAGAAGGACCUGGCCCAGCAGUACAAGUGUGGAGCCGAGUUUCUGCCCUCCCCGUUGGCCAGCAAAGCCGAGUUCGCCUUAACCACUGAGGCCCGGUUGGUCCGCCCUGCUCACCUGACUGCCAUCGCUGUGGCUGUAGAAAUGGGACACACCGUGGCGUUCCUGGGCACCGCCACCGGAGAGGUGCUCAAGGCGCAUCUCUCCGACCACCCAGAGGUGUACGGCCGGCCGUUGGGAGGCGCGGGAGGUGCUGGAGGCAAGGUCAACAAGAAUCUGCUGUUCGAUUCCAGCUUCCAACACCUGUACAUCACCACGGAGAAAAAGAUCAACAAGGUGCCGGUCCAGGCCUGCCACCUGAAGACAGACUGCCACUCCUGUAUCUCCAUCAAGGAUCCGUACUGUGGCUGGUGUGUCCUGGAGGGAAAAUGCACCAGGAAGCAGGACUGCAGUAGGUCAGACGAGGAAAACACCUGGCUGUGGUCGCCCAAUCAGAAGUGUGUUCAGAUCGAGGGCUUCAACCCUCGGAGCAUCAGCUGCAAGAAGACGCAGCAGGUUGACAUCAUCAUACCCGCCCUGCCCACACUGAAGCCGUCUGAUAGGCUGACGUGUGUUUUCGGCUCUUCCAGUAAUGAAGCCGUGAUGUCCCCUGACGGUCAGAGGCAGAUCACCUGUUCGCUGCCCGAACCCGGUCAAAUCCCGCAGACUCCGGAUCAGCAGGACUUCGUGUCCGUCCCAGUCAAAGUUCUGGUAAACGACAAGAUCGAGGUGACGUCCGGAGAAUAUCAGUUCUACAACUGUGCUGCUACAGUCAGGAAGAACCCGAACACACCGUGUAUAGCGUGUGUGACCAGUCAGUGGGGCUGUCAGUGGAACGCUGAGGACCACAGCUGCAGCGACAGCAGCGCCGUAAAUGGAGCACACAUAGUCAAACCCGAACAGUCUGAAAGAUGUCCUCAGUUCAAGUCUCCGACGCCGCAGUUAAUCCCCGUGGGCUUCGAGAUCCCCAUCAGCUUCGAGGGAAGUAACCUGGGCAGCAACAUGGGACGGAAGUUUGUUAUCGGGACCGAGCUGAUGAAGCACACAGAGGUGGACGUCAUACAGGAGCAGGGGUCAAAGUUCAAAUUCAAUGGUCAUCGGUUUGCGUAUGACAAGCAGCAGGAGGUGAACGUAUCCUUCCAUAUCAAAGACAAACUAACCGAGAGGAAGAUUGACAGCACCCUGACAGUUGUGCUGUAUAACUGCUCGGUGGGGAGAGAAGACUGCAGUCUGUGUAAACACGCCGACGCCAAGUACGAGUGUGUUUGGUGCGCGGCCUCACGCACCUGUGUUUACCAGGGACUCUGCCCGUCACCGCAGCCGGCACAGUGCCCCAACCCUGAAAUCACUGAUAUCAUCCCUCGCUACGGCCCUCUGAACGGUCGGAUCUCAGUGACCAUUAAAGGCUCCAACAUGGGAAUUAAGAAGGAAGACAUCAAGAAGAUCACCGUGGCCGGAGUGGACUGCGUUCACCAAGAGGACAGAUACUCCGUCUCUACGAGCGUGGUGUGUGAGAUCGGCCCGGCGAGGCGAACGCCGCCGUCUGACCUCCCGUUUGAACCAACAAACAAGGGAGCGGUGGAAAUAGAAGUAGAGGGAGGGAGAAAAGGAAAAUCUCAGGUCAUGUUCACCUAUCGGGACCCCAAACCAAAGAGCGUGGACCCAGUGAGAGGCCCCACAGCCGGAGGAACCGUCAUCACCAUCACGGGAGAAGACCUGGACACGGCGACUAAAGGCGACGUGGCCGUCACCGUGGGGGGCAUCCCUUGUGAAGUCCUGUCGUUCGGCGACAAGAUCACCUGUGAGACGGGAAAGAACCGCGGGCCCUCUCCUGAACCUCAGACAGUGAUGGUGAAAUAUGGUAAAAACACCACCAAAGACAUCCCAAAUGCUUUCCAGUACUCCGAAAACCCCAAGAUCACAGAUUAUUAUCCCAAGACCAGCUUCGUAUGUGGUGGUCGGAGGAUUGUGGUGAUGGGAAGCGGGUUUGAUCUGAUCCAGAGAGCCACGAUGAAAGUCCUGCCCUCCGCUGACGAGUUUUCACAAAACACCGCACCUGUAGAGUUCGUCCAGGAGGCUCUGAGUAAGAACGACACAGUCCUCCAGUUUUAUUCCCCUAUAGUAAACUGCUGCGACAGUCAGUCGCUCAGGACGGCGGUCCACCUAGACAACGUGAAGGAAGACCUGAAGAGCUUCGAAUACCACCCAAACCCCACCUUCAACAAACUCGCCAAGAACGUCAUCACCGAGACCAGCAUCAUCAUCGUGACUGGUCGAGGUUUCUCCAAGGCGAUGACAGCCAAGGAGGCCCAGGCGUUUGUUGGAGACGCCUCCUGUCAUGUGAACAUACUUCAGGAUGAUAAGUUGAUCCUGGAGGCUCCUUCGUCACAGCCCAGUGCUCGGUCCAAACGCCAACGCAGAGACACGACCAAGGACCUGCUGGAGCUAGUGGUGAAGUUUGGUCAUGGAGAGUGGACGGUUGGAUCAGUCUACUACGCCAGGAAAGAAGACCUUCCUCUGGCUAUAAUCAUUCCUGCAGUCAUCGUACCGAUGCUGCUCUUCAUCGCCGUGUCCGUCUACUGCUACAGGAGGAAGAGUCAGCAGGCGGAACGAGAGUACGAGAAGGUGAAACAUCAGCUGGAGAAUCUGGAGGAAAGCGUGCGAGAUCGCUGCAAGAAAGAGUUCACUGAUCUGAUGAUUGAAAUGGAGGACCACACCAGCGACCUGAGCGAAGCCCGCAUCCCGUUCCUGGACUAUAAAACCUACACCGACCGUAACUUCUUCCUGCCCUCCAAGGACGGCGCCAACAACGCCAUGAUCACAGGAAAAAUCCAAAUCCCAGAAGCUCGCAGGGCCAUCGUGGCUCAGGCGCUCAACCAGUUCUCCAACCUGCUGAACAGUAAAACCUUUCUCAUCAAUUUCAUCCACACGUUGGAGAGUCGUCCGGACUUCAACGCCAGGGCUCGGGGUUAUUUCGCCUCCCUGCUGACGGUGGCGCUGCACGGCAAACUGGAGUAUUACACCGACAUCACGAGGACGCUGCUGCUGGAGCUGAUGGACGAACACGUGCAGAACAAAAACCCCAAACUCAUGCUGAGGAGGUCGGAGACGGUGGUGGAGAGGAUGCUCUGUAAUUGGAUGUCCAUCUGUCUCUAUCAGUUCCUCAGGGACACAGCAGGAGAACCUUUAUACAAACUGUUCAAAGCUUUGAAGCAUCAGGUGGAGAAGGGCCCGGUGGACGCCAAGAUGAAGAAAGCCAAAUACACACUGAACGACACGGGACUGCUGGGAGACGACGUCGAGUACUCUGUACUGACUCUGCAGGUGUUGGUGCACGGGGAGGGACCCGACGUGACUCCAGUCAAAGUGUUGAACUGUGACACCAUCUCUCAGGUAAAAGAGAAGAUCAUCGAUCAAGUCUACAGGAAUCUGCCGUACUCGCAAAGGCCGAAGGUAGAGAGUGUCGCUCUGGAGUGGCGUCCGGGCUCCACCGGUCAGAUCCUGUCCGACCUCGACCUGACCUCCCAGAAAGAAGGACGCUGGAAGAGACUCAACACUUUGGCUCAUUACAAUGUUCGGGAUAAUGCCACGUUGGUUCUGUCCAGAGUUUUACACACACAGUCGUUCCACCAGCACCAAGACAGCUAUGAAGAGAAAAACGCCCUGCUGGAGGACGACAACACUUUCCACCUGGUGAGACCGGCAGACGAAAUCGACGAGGGGAAGUCGAAGAGAGGCAGCAUGAAGGACAAGGCGAUGACCAAAGCCAUCACUGAGAUCUAUCUGACCAGGCUGCUGUCUGUCAAGGGCACUUUGCAGCAGUUCGUGGACGAUUUCUUCCGUAGUGUCUUGUGCUCGAGUUCCGCCGUCCCUCCCGCCGUCAAAUACUUCUUUGACUUCCUGGAUGAACAGGCGCUGAGACACGACAACGUAGACGAGGAGACGCUCCACAUCUGGAAGACUAACAGUUUGCCUCUGCGGUACUGGGUGAACAUCCUGAGGAACCCCCACUUCAUCUUCGACGUCCACGUGACGGAGGUGGUGGACGCGUCGCUGCACGUCAUCGCUCAGACCUUCAUGGACGCCUGCACCAAGACGGAGCACAAACUCAGCAGAGAGUCACCCAGCAACAAGCUGCUCUAUGCAAAAGAGAUUUCAACGUACAAGAAGAUGGUGGACGAUUACUACAAGGGCAUCAGACAGAUGGUUUCAGUCAGUGACCAGGACAUGAAUACACAUCUCGCUGAGGUUUCCAGGCAACACACAGACAAAUUGAACACCCAGGUGGCCUUACAUCAGCUCUAUCAGUAUGCCAGCAAGUACUAUGAUGUGAUCAUCCAGUCGCUGGACGAGGACCCAGCAGCCCAGAAUAAACAGCUCACCCUCCGCCUCCAACAGAUCGCUGCUGCCCUGGAGAACAAAGUCACCGACCUUUGACCUCUGUCCUCAUGGAGGAGGUCAGGGGGAGGAGCUAACGGCUACUAAAACACAAGAUGACGUUUUCCAUUUAAGGACUCAAAGGAGGACGAGCUUGCGGACUCUACCGAAUGUUUGACGGACUGAAGUGGGAGGGGCUAGUGGAGACACAGGAAGCUGUUGACCAUAUAAGGACUGAAGGGGGAGGAGUUAUGGGACUAGCGAGUGGAGAUUUUUGGACAAAUGAAGUGUUAAAAUAAGCCCAGAGUGGCGGAAACUGAAGCGCUCAUACCUUCUACGUUUGAAUGGCGUAUUUCCACUUGGCAUCCCAAAACAAAUACCAAGGAGGGAUUCAAAAUGGCGUGUAACAUGGGAGAUAUCACUCUGUAAAAUCAAAGGGUUAUUUUUUUAAUGGCUGUUCAGUUUGUGUACUCGGACCUAGCUGGACGAUGUUUAUCUGUGUUUGGCCUCUGCUUCACCACAAAGUUUAAUUUUACCAUGUACGGACUGAGAAAGAAAGUGCCACGCAAGGAAUGAAGAUUGAAGAUUUUUGGAUAAUUGAAGAAUUUACGUGAAGUAGUGAGACAUUACCAAAUAUUUCCUUUUUGUCACUUGGAUUGGAAGAACAGCAGCUUCAGGACGCUUUGUGACCACUUUUCUUUUCUCGUGUUAAAGCAAAGUCUAUUAACUGUGAGGUGAUUUUGCACCUUUUGCUGAUCUGAGGUCAGUUUUUCUGUUUCUGUGCUCAAUGGUAACGAGGGAAUCUGAUCUCAAGUCAGCAACAGAGAAUGGGUUCAUUCUAAAGCUGCUUGGAAGAACUUUUACCUUUUUAAGUGAGCUAAAAUUAAAAUAAUCAACCAAUGAAAACCCACUAUGGUACACACCACUGGCCAAUCAGGGGUCUUGGUUUUGUCAAUUCAGAGUGAAUUCAGGGUACGAUGAGUUUUGAGUUUUCUCCCAAAAUCAAAUAGCAACACAAACUUUUCUUGUAUCAUGGCGAGAUGUUUCCAUGCGCUGCAGUUAUGUGUUUCUAUGCUGAUGACAUUGUGCUGUUAACUCAAAUCACAGCUGAGUAAGAUCACUCUGUUGAGUCUAUGGUUCAAUCUAGUAUUAUUCUUUGUAUGCAGGCUGUAAACAGAGCCUUUUCAUUCACAUAUACAUGAUGAUUUAUCUUUUUAAUGGACUGAUUAGUGCCACUUGUUUUCUUUUGUAAAGUGUUAAUCAGGGUGGUCCAUCGUGUCAUAUCCUGUAUGUGUGUGAGCGAACAUGCAGUUUAAUAGUUAUCAACACCACUCUGGACCAGCUUGUUUUUACUUCCUGUGGAAAAUCAUGACUGCCUAAUCAUGUGCUCUAAACAGCCAAACAUUUUUAUUUUACAGUGUGAUUUGUUUUUAUAAUUUGUGUAAUUGGACAACUUUUGCAAUAUUCCUUCUACGUAGUGCAGCAUAGUAAAUUGAAUUUUUUUUUUUUUUUCUAUUUUGCUCUGUUUAACUGCACACAUGAGAGGAAAUGAGUUAAGUGUCUUCUGAAGACAGAGUAUCCAUGGAUCCUUCAAAAAGGCUUAAAAUAAAUCAAAAGUUAAGGUGUUAAAAUGUGUUAAAUUCAGUUUUUAAAGGUCUUUUUCUUCCAUCUCGUCACCCCUGUGCAAUAUGCAUCUUAUCAGCUUUACAAGACACAUUUUACUUUAUUUCACCUGGAUAAUUCAUUCAGUAUUAAUACUGUUUUCUAAGAACACACAAACAAACUGAACGUCCCGAAGCAGUUAAUAUCCUGGUGUCCUCCUUAUUCUGCACAAAAAUAUUAAAACGCACCUGCACAUUGCUAUCUCAUUCCCAGUUUUUGUAAUUCUACACGGAUAUGACAAUGUUUUGAUCAAAAAAUUAUCUAAUUUUUCACAUAAAAACAUUUUUUGUACUUUUUUGCAGAUUAUUGUUACCAAGCUUCUGCCUUAUUUUGCCCCUUGAAUGGUAAGAAAUGUUAAUGAGACUUCUUUAUAAGAAAUAGACUGGUUUAUUUUUGUUGAGAUUUGUUUUUGGCUUGCUGAAACUUGCACAAACCUUGUCAGAGACCGGCAGGAAAAAAGCAAAAUGCAAAAAAAAAUUAAAUGCAUCAUCCAGCUAAAGGAAAGUCAAAAACAUUUCCAAAACUUAAAAGAACUAAUUUUUUCAACAACUAUUUUUCGAAAAUCCACACAGCAGAGUGACAAAAAUAUGUUUAUGUCAACUGUUAGAGAAAUAUUGGAGAAAAACAUUUUACAUAAACUACAUGAUUAAUUAUAUGAUCAACCACUCAAACAAGUGAUAUUUGGACCAAGUUUUAAAAAGAUCUGCAGCAGUCUUUGGGUUUGUUAAGUGCUGUUACACCACAGAAGUAUAAAUGUACUCAUUUACUUCUCUUACACUACAUAUUAAUCAUUGUCACCGUUGUAUAUAUGUGCAUCAUUCUUUGCCUUCUGAGCCCAGACGACGUGCUUUAUGUAGUGCUUGAGUUAGCAUCAAAGAUGAAAUAUGCAGUUUGUAAGUUGGAUGAUGAGCUGCUUGACUACUGGGAAAGAGAGGUUUUGUCUUUAUGUUGUAAGGGUUUUUUCAUUGAAGUUAUUGAUUCCUCUUAGGUGUCAAAUCUUACAAACUGCAUCUUUGAAUUCUGAAGCAAUACGACCUUCAGGCUGGUGCUGUAUCUUUGUACUCAUCUCUUGAAUUCCUUAAACUGUGGAUGGAAAAACUGCAAGGUUUUGAUCAGAAUUUGGCACCGCAAGACCUCCAGAUACAUCUGACAAAGACUGAAUCCUGCAUCUUAGUGUUUUUUUGGGGGUUUUUUUUUAACUUCUCAAGUUUCUCCUGGGCAUUUCUCUCUCAGAAAUGUAUUUAUGAAAGCCACUUUGGUGCCAAAUGACUUCAAGAAUCUGUUAUGUGUGUUAUUUCCCAAGCAUGGACUGUCAUUUAAAUUGUGUGUCUGACGAGUGUAGACAGAAAUAAGGGGAACAAAUUAUUGUGUAUUUAAUAAUCUGGUGGUACUUUUAUAAAAAAAAGAUUGAAAUGUGAAACAUUUUUUGGAGGUUUUCGGUGCUGGUACUGAUAUUAAGAUGUCAGAGGGCCUUUCACAGAAUUCAGUGUGUCACCAGCUUUUUUAGAUGUUUAAAUACAUUUCACAUUGUGUUGCUGACAUAAGAGCUCAAUCACGCUACAAAUAUACUUUAUAAAUUGUAAAAUAUGAGACAUCUGAUUCAUGUAAACUCACAUUAAGAACAAUAUUUUACUCAAUUUAUCCCUUAAAAAUACGUCUCUAUCUCUAUUUACCUUCCAACACUAGCUUCUUUCUGCCUUCUCUUUGCCACCAGCGAGUGCCUUAAAGAGGAGAAGUGAAAGUAGAAUUGGAAGGAAAAGAAGCCAAAAAAAAAAAAAGGUGAUGAAGCACAUACAGGUUUAUGGCUGGUUUACUGCAUGUUUGUUGUGGAAGUUUUUACAAUUGCUUCUCUUAACUGGAAGAUCACAAUGGAAAGCAGGUGCUGUUAGAAAGGUAUUUUAAAGAGGGGGAAGUUGUCAAGAGGUUUUAAUGGAAUGUACAAAAAGAAAUUUAGUCUGUCACACUAUCACACUAUACAUCACCCAUACAAUAGGUUUAAUGUCGAUGAUACGGAUCUGUAGAGUUCAAAAAACCAUUUACACAGAUGAAGUGCAGGUAGAUAGAGUUAGAUAGAAACUUUAUUGAUCCCGAGGGAAAUUUAGGCAUCCAGCAGCUUAUACGACACAUACAAAACACCAGUGCACACAAGAAUAAACAAUAAAAACACAGCAGUGAAGUGAAGACACCAGAACUACUACCGAGAGCCAUCACUAUAGAUAGAGUAUGUGCAAAUGUAAGGUGAUUUACAGUUCAAGAAUAAUAAUUACUGUAAAUAAUGUUAAAUACAAACUGGAGAUAAAUAUAUAAAUGAAUACAAAUUGUGCUUAACGCUCACAUAGCCGGUAACCGACAGUCCUGCUGCCUAAUGACAGAAUAUAAUGACGGACGAAAUCAGGUCCAUGAAGGGAUACGUCCCGUCUCUAAGCUAACCUCUUUUACGCUAGCCUCUGUAACUCAGUGGGUUUAUUUUUACACAAAGAGUUUAUUUCAUCUGUCUUUCUGAAAACCUGAAAAAUGGUUUUGGAUAGUAACAUUUCCAUUUCAAUAAGCAACAUUACUUUGUUCCCCUCAUAUUCCUGUAUGCCACAUUUAUAUCAUGUUGACGUUGGUGCAAUUACUACUUUCCAACUUGAAAAUACCAUUCAAGUCAACAUCCAAGAUGAAUUUACAACAGGAACUGAUUUCUCUGAAAUAUUCAACUGUGUGCUAAAUGAUGCCUACAAAAAUGGAGACUUCACGUCCACUAAAGUCAAUUUUCAAGGUAUUUAAAACCACAUUUAAAAGAAUACUUAGACAUUUUGGGAAUUUUUAGCUAUUUCACUUUCUUGCCAAGAGUUUGACAAACUAGGAGACGAUUAGCUAUAGCUUAGCUUAAAGACUGGAGGCAGGGGGGAAAGGCUAGCAUAACUAAUGCAUGUCUUAAGUUCAAAAAUAGGCCUACAAAGAAGUGUGAAGUUCACUAAUUAACAUUUUGUACUUCUUUGUUUGAUGUUAAUAUGCUAAACUAAGCUAAAUCACCUCCUGGCCAGUAGCUUAGCUCACUUAACCUACUACUUACAGAUGUUUCAGUGGUAUCAAUCGUCUAAAUAUUAGUAAAGAAAGCAAAUAAGUUUCCCAAAAUGUCGAACUAUAAUGAACAAAUUGAGCUACAUUGUCAAUGCAUGGUAUUUUUAACCCUCACACGACCAACUAUGCAAUCACACAAACAUCUUGAGCGUUAGCAAGUGAUAAUCAGCAAUCUUUUCAAUUUCUGCCAUCCUUCCCACAUAAUGUGUACAUGGCAUUAGCUACUGGCGCUAAAGCCUCAUGUGAGCUGUAAGAGUUGAGUCACA